AGUAACAUGUCUAACGUAUUGAUAACAUGUCAGUAACAUGUCUAGCGUAUUGAUAACAUGUCAGUAACAUGUCUAACGUAUUGAUAACAUGUUUGUAACAUGUCUAACGUAUUGAUAACAUGUCGGUAACAUGCCUAGCAUAUUGAUAACAUGUUUGUAACAUGUCUAACGUAUUGAUAACAUGUCGGUAACAUGCCUAGCAUAUUGAUAACAUGUCUGUAACAUGUCUAACGUAUUGAUAACAUGUCAGUAACAUGUCUAGCGUAUUGAUAACAUGUCGUAACAUGUCUAGUGUAUUGAUAACAUGUCAGUAACAUGUCUAACGUAUUGAUAACAUGUCUGUAACAUGUCUAAUGUAUUGAUAACAUGUCUGUAACAUGUCUAACGUAUUGAUAACAUGUCUGUAACAUGUCUAACGUAUUGAAAACAUGUCGGUAACAUGUCUGCUGCGUGUCGUCCUCAGGCUGACUCUGGGGAAGCCGCUAGGUGAAGGAUGUUUCGGUCAGGUGGUUCUGGCCGAAGCCGUCGGGGUCGACAGAAAUAAACCGACGCGCCUCUCUAAGGUGGCUGUGAAGAUGCUGAAAGCGGACGCCACAGAAAAGGACCUUUCUGACCUGAUCUCCGAGAUGGAGAUGAUGAAGAUGAUCGGCAAACACAAGAACAUCAUCAACCUGCUGGGAGCGUGCACUCAGGGCGGCCCCCUGUACGUGGUGGUGGAGUACGCCUCGCAGGGGAACCUGAGGGAGUUCCUCCGCACUCGCCGACCGGUCGGGUUGGAGUACUGGAGCGGGCCGAGGCAGGCGUCUCUGGGAAGUCUGGAGGUUAGGGAGCUGGUGUCGGCUGCGUACCAGGUGGCCCGAGGGAUGGCCUACCUGGCCUCCAAGAAGUGUAUUCACAGAGACCUGGCGGCCCGGAAUGUGUUGGUCACAGAAGACGACGUCAUGAAGAUCGCUGACUUCGGUCUCGCUCGAGACGUCCACCACAUCGACUACUACAAGAAGACCACCAACGGUCGUCUCCCGGUGAAGUGGAUGGCACCAGAAGCUUUAUUUGACCGCGUCUACACGCAUCAAAGCGACGUGUGGUCGUUUGGAGUCUUGCUGUGGGAGAUCUUCACCCUCGGGGGGUCUCCGUACCCCGGAGUCCCCGUGGAGGAGCUCUUCAAGCUGCUAAAGGAGGGACACCGCAUGGAGAAACCCUCGGCCUGCACCCAGGAGCUGUAUCUGAUGAUGAGAGACUGCUGGAAUGCCGUCCCGUCUCGCAGACCGACGUUCUCACAGCUGGUCCAAGACUUGGACCGCAUUCUUUCUGUCAUGGCGAACCAGGUAACGUGUUCAUCAAGAUACCUCCAUUCAGUUCAUUAGAAGUUAAUAUUGAUUAGACAGCGACUACUUCAGCACCGAGCCUCAUUCACCAACUGUUUUCAAGAAGAAACACAAUUUUAACCAAUGUUUUCUUAUUUGG